UUGUGUGUGUGUGUGUGAGUGUGAGAGGAAGUCCAGAUCAACAUUCUGAUAAACAAUCCUAACAGGUGUCCCCCUCCUCAAAUACCAAAGAAGUCAGAGGGUCUGGUGGAUGAUGACCACUCGGGGACUGUCUCAGGUUACUGAUGAGGGGGCCCAGGUAAAUUUAGUAAGACGCUGUCCACUGGUACCCUGAAGUCAGACACUUGACAUGCUCACAGAGUGAAGACACAAUUUCUCGACUGGACCGGACUUGUGGAGUUUCAUACAUACACACCUGUUUAGACCAGACAGCUGGGAUCAAAUACAUUAUGGAAUCAUGACAUCGGCAGAGGAUGACGAAGAGUUAAAUGAGGCUGUUGAGCAGUAUGCCACGGACACCACCUGGAGCUGGACCCGUCAGACCAUGAACUACGUGGGCCAGUUGGCAGGCCAGGUGUUCGUCCAGGUCAAAGAGCUGUACCGAGGCCUCAACCCCGCUACCCUUUCUGGCUGCAUCGACGUCAUUGUAGUGAGACAGCCUGAUGGAUCGCUGCAGUGCUCGCCGUUUCACGUCCGUUUUGGCAAGAUGGGUGUCCUGCGGUCCCGAGAGAAAGUGGUGGACAUGGAGAUCAAUGGAGAGCCAGUGGAUCUACAUAUGAAGCUUGGGGACAACGGAGAAGCUUUCUUUGUGCAAGAAACAGAAAACGAUCAGGAAGUGGUGCCCUCCUACCUGGCCACCUCUCCCAUCUUGUCAGACGGGGCCAUUAUGAUGAGCUCCUCCCUGAUGGGCAAGAAGAGCUCCGGGGGGCCGCCCAUACAGACCCUGGGCUCCACGGGGAGCGCGGGAGAGACUGGUGGCGUGAUGAUGAAGAAGAGGAGAAAGAGGAGGAGGAAGGCUCGGGCGGACAGCGUGAGGAGGGAGGAGAGCGGAGACUACUCCGAGGACGAAGACAUGUUCACCAUAGACAUCAGCUCGGAUGAAGGGACGGAGAUGGAGAGCAACAGGCAGAGUGCAACAAGUUCAGGCAUGAUCUGUGAGGGUCUUGAAAGUCGUUUUGGGAAAUGGGUGAAAAGUGAAAGGACUUCAUCUCGGGACGUAUUAAGAGAUGAGACAACCAGCGGCUCUUUCAAACAGACUGGUAUCUACACUCGUUCAGAUGGAGAGUGGAGCCCUAUUCAGAGCCCUGGAAACUCUCGUCCCACCUCUCCCAAGAGUGACUCUGAACUAAUGACCAAGCCAUCAGAUGCAGACAAUCAGAAUCCAACCAUGCACUGGGCGUGGGGAGAGCUGCCGCAGGCUGCCACGCCAUCCUUCCUCCCAGUGAAAUCUGAACCUCCACCAGUUUUUCCAGUAUCCAUCCCGGUGUCCGAAAGCACUCACUUCCGUGUGAUAACUCACGAAACGUCUUCAGAGCAGUGUGGACCCUGCUCUGAAAUAUCAGCUCUCAGGCUGCUAAUGACAGAAGAGCACGCCGAGGAAACAGUGGGGAUGGAGUCUGAAUCCGUGAGGAUGGAAUCGCAGACAGUCAGUGCAGAGAUGCAGGUUACAACAGCGGAAAGUGCGGCAGCUCGUAUGAUGUCUGACAUGGAGGAGACAAUGUCUCGUCCAGCAGGCAAAACAGACUCUCCGUCCAAGAGAAAAGACAAGAGAAGCCGCCAUCUUGGUCCUGAUGGAGUUUACCUGGAUGACAUCACCGAGCUUGAGCCUGAAGUGGCAGCCCUUUAUUUCCCUAAGAGUGACGGUGGCGCAGCAGUGAGGAGCGUCUCAGACCCCGGCCUCAACAGCACCAGUCUGUCCCCACAGUCGGUCAGCUCUGGAGGAGACAGCGGAGUGGACAGCUACUGCGACCCCAUGGGCGACUUGCCAUCUAUCACCAUCUCUUUGUGUGGAGGACUCACUGACAACCGGGAGAUCACUAAAGAGCAGUUUCACGAGAAGAUGAUCUCUUACCAGCAGUUUGCAGAAAACCCCUCCAUCAUCGAUGACCCCAACUUAGUGGUGAAAAUUGGCUCCAAGUACUAUAAUUGGAGCACUGCGGCUCCACUUAUGCUGGCUAUGCAAGCCUUUCAGAAACCGCUGCCAAAGGCUGCAGUGGAGAACAUCAUGAAGGAGAAGAUGCCCAAGAAAGGAGGGAGGUGGUGGUUCUCCUGGAGAGGCAGAAACAGCAGCACUAAAUCGGAUUCAGUAUCUGAGCGUGGGGCCUGUGGCUCUGCUGAGCAGGAUGGGGAAAUGACAAGCAGACAUAAAGAAGAGUCGUCCUCCAGCGAUGAAGACCACAGGGCAACCAAACAGAGCUCUUCCACUGUCCAAUCAGAGCCUGGGCUCACACUAGGAGGCGUGUCUUAUAAGAAAACACUCCGACUCACAUCAGAGCAGCUGCUGUCUCUCCAGCUGCAGGAUGGUCCUAAUGACGCUGUGUUCAGUGUGACCACUCAGUACCAGGGAACCUGUCGCUGUCAGGGCACCAUCUACCUCUGGAACUGGGACGACAAGAUAAUUAUCUCAGACAUAGAUGGAACCAUCACCAGGUCAGACACAUUGGGUCACAUCCUGCCCACGCUGGGGAAAGACUGGACUCACCAGGGCAUUGCACACCUCUACCACAAAGUCAGCCAAAAUGGAUAUAAAUUCCUGUACUGUUCAGCACGAGCUAUCGGCAUGGCUGACAUGACCAGAGGUUAUCUCCACUGGGUCAAUGAGAGGGGCACCAUGCUCCCUAUGGGUCCUGUCCUUCUCAGCCCGAGCAGCCUGUUUUCAGCUCUGCACAGGGAGGUUAUUGAGAAGAAACCAGAGAAAUUUAAGGUGGAGUGUCUAAACGAUAUCAAGAAUCUCUUCUACCCCAACAAACAGCCGUUCUAUGCAGCGUUUGGCAACAGACCAACGGAUGUAUAUUCCUACAAAGAAGUAGGAGUGCCACUGAACAGGAUUUUUACAGUCAACCCUAAAGGCGAGCUAGUGCAGGAGCAUGCCAAGACCAACAUCUCAUCUUAUGUACGUCUGGGUGAGGUGGUGGACCACGUGUUCCCUCUGAAAAUGCGAGCCUCCUCCUCAGACUUCCCCUGCUCGGACACCUUCAGCCACUUCACCUACUGGAGGCAGCAGCUCCCCCGGGUGGAGCAUCAGGGAACUACGCCACCACAGACUCCCAGCCCUGGCAGCUGACUACCUGUGGCCUGCUGAGUAGCUUCCUAGCAGGCAGAGCACCGACUGACGGACGUGUGCGUGAGAUGUAGCAGUCAUUUGGACAGUGAUGGUUACAUGUGUGUGAUAUGAAUUUGUAGAUUUUUGUAGAAGAUGGAGCACUUUUAGUGCACAGCAGAGAGCUACUGAAGUAGAUUAAUCUGCUGUGAAUGCACAUAACGCACAAGAUGGAUGUAAACGCACUUUUAUGAAAAGAUUGCAUCUGUAGCCUUCCUAGUUGUAUGUAUAUGAGAAAUUAUAGUAAGUUAUUCAGGCAGCUUAGCACAUAUAAUAUUUUGAGUGAGUGUUGACAUUAUUUCAGUAGUUAGACUCUCUAGUCUAUAAGCAGACAGUUGUAUAGUAUUUAACAGACGAUGUAAUCUGUUCACAAGUGUAUCGUAUAGAACACAACCAUACUGUGCAGAGAGCAAGUUACUUCUACUUGUGCCAAAUACUCAUUGUAGAAUUUAUUUUCUUACUCUGAACUUUUUCAGUCAAGACUGUUACAGAUCCUCAAUCAGCAUGAAAAUGCAGAUAUAGACAUGCAGGCGAGUAUUUACUUUAUAGCAAUGUGUGUGUGUGUGUGUAAUCUAUUAUUCUUCUCUCGUUUGAAGUCAGUAAUAGUUAUAUAGUACAUUGAAACGUGUUACAGAGCACAAUGGAUGAAUGAACGCUAGUGUAGCUUGAUAUUAAGGACAA